AUGUGUUUUGUACAUACCCAUGAGGAAGAAACUACUUUAAAUCGGCAAAAAAUAAAUAAUUCUUGUAAAAGAAAAGCAGUAGACAGCGUUGUUGAAAAACCAUCAAAAAUUAUCAGACGAGAACUUACACAUCAUAAAAAUGAAGGUAAUUUGUUAAUGUCUGAUAUAAAGCUAAUUUCCAGAAAUGUACAAAAUGCUAGAGCCAGUUGUUAUCCUAAAAUACCAAAUUCAAGAAAGGAAGUUCAUAAUACUUUGAGUUCAAUUGAUGUAAAAACAAAUAGAGAUGAAAAAUUUAUUUUUGAAAAUGACGAUUUAAAUGAAAUUAUUAUAUUUUCAUGUGAUACUAAUAUUGAAUUUUUGAAAAAACUGGAAAUAGUUUAUAUUGAUGGCACUUUUAAUUAUUGUGAUAAAAAUUGCACUCAACUAUAUACAAUUCAUGGAUUAAAAAAUGGUAUUUAUAUUCCAUUAAUGUUUUGCUUUUUACCAGAUAAAACAUUAUUAUAA